AUAUACUACCGGCCUCUUCCAAUGUCUCUUUCGUUUUUCUGGACUCAUUUUCGUUGACUUCAUGGUCAAAUCAUCUCUGGGGCUCUACGCACACGAUGAAUUGUAGCAGGAUUCUAUCGAGGAAGGCGACAACGCUCAAAACGGGUGGUUCAGUUCGUUUUGCAAGUCAAACCACGGGAGCCCGUCUGAACAAGCCGAUCGACUUUAGGAAAACUCCCAUUAUCCACCAAACCCAGGCCAGUGCGAGGACUGCCUUUGGGUUGGCGAACGACGCGCCCGUGGACUUACUGAACCUACACGGCGCCAUCAACAGUUCAUUACACCACGCUCUCAAAACCGACGAAAGCGUCUUAUUGUUUGGAGAAGAUGUCGCUUUCGGUGGCGUGUUUCGGUGCUCCAAAGGACUCGCCGACGAGUUCGGUGCUAGCAGAGUUUUUAACACACCGCUGUCAGAACAGGGUAUUGCUGGGUUUGCCAUCGGCUGUGCCGCAGAAGGGAUGAAGCCGGUGGCAGAAAUCCAGUUUGCCGACUAUGUCUACCCUGCCUUUGACCAACUUGUCAAUGAGGCGGCCAAGCUACGUUAUCGAGAAGGAGCCACUGGCGUCAACUGCGGCAAUCUAGUGGUUCGCAUGCCCUGUGGCAGUGUGGGUCAUGGCGCUUUGUACCACAGUCAAAGCCCCGAAGCUUUGUUCACGCAUAUCCCUGGUCUACGGGUCAUCUUCCCCCGAGGACCAGCACAGGCUAAAGGCCUCCUCCUUGCCUCGAUCCUGGAAUCAAAGGACCCGGUUAUCUUUAUGGAGCCCAAGAUCCUGUAUCGAGCUGCGGAAGAAUAUGUCCCCAGGGAAGCAUACACCCUCCCUCUGGACAAGGCCGACGUGGUCAAACAGGGGAAAGACAUCACCGUCAUCUCCUAUGGCCAGCCAAUGUAUCUGUGUUCUGCCGCUAUUGAGGCCUUGGAGAAAGAAAUCAAGGGGCUCAGCGUGGAGCUGAUUGAUCUCCAAGCCAUCUAUCCGUGGGAUCGAAAGACAGUUAUGGAGAGCGUCAACAAGACCGGGCGAGCCGUGGUUGUCCACGAAAGCAUGUACAAUGCAGGCGUUGGGGCCGAGGUGGCGGCUAGUAUCCAGGAAUUGGCGUUUCUUCGACUGGAAGCGCCUGUGGCACGAGUGACAGGAUUCAGUACGCAUACUGGCCUGAUAUUUGAAAAGUUCAACAUUCCCGAUGUUGCGAGAAUUUAUGAUGCAUUGAAGCGCACCCUGGAGUUCUAAGAGUAUUAUUGAGGUUGCUACGACGUUUUAUACAGUCAACGAACGGUCCAAGAGUACCUAUUAGGGUCAAUUACAUCUUCACAAAUUUCUGGAUUGUCUUUCUCUCAAUUUAAGCAAAGCUAUCGUUCGAUGGCAUUGAUGCGACGAUUGCCGCGAUCGGCUCGGCUUUCCCAGAAAGCGAGAUGAACAACAUCUCAUCCCCUGGCAAAGAGAACUUCUAUUCUCUUUGGCGCCAAUCUUACUGAGUGUGAUGGAACAUGGCCUCUUGCAUGGCCCAUGGCACUCGAGACGUGAAAGCAGAAACGACGAUGACCAGAUGAACAUCAAGGACAUUUGUCGCCGGAUGCUUUAGCAAUGUACAUAGAGACUAAGACACGAGCCCUGACAAAACGUGUGCCCAACUUUGUCGUAAUUCUCUGGAUGAAUCCAUUAUCCUUGACCACC